AUGCUCCAUCAGCCUACUAUUAGCAGAUUCUUUAGGUCGAACAAAAAAGAUCAUGUUCCCAAAAAGAGAACUGAGGAAGAGGAGGCCAAGCUGGUUGAGGUUGUGGAUUCUGAUGUCGAUGAAUGUUUAACCGUCAAUUCAGAUUCUAAAUUGCAAAGUAGUAUCACUACUGCUGAAAAUUCUGUGGAGGAAAAUGAACCGGAAGCUGACACCUUUGUUCCAAUUAAUGAGAGUAACUUGGAGUCGAUAACAACUCCAACGACGAUGAAGGCACACAAAUUCACUAAUUACAAAUUCAAUAAUAAGGACAGUUUAAAUACUGAUAAAGUUCGGAAAACUGGAUUUGUUAAAAGGCUGGAUGAGAUUUUACAAAAAAGGUCUAUGGAAUCAAUGUUGCAGGAAGAUAAUCUGGAAGAUGUAAGCGAUGGCAAGGCAAAGGCGAAGAAGCAGAAAUCCAACAAACUGACAGAACUAGACCAACAGUUUAAGGACUUAAAGCUACGCAAUAUGGAUAAAGUUUUGGUCGUUCGGGUUGGGUAUAAGUACAAGUUUUUUGCAGAGGAUGCUGUUUUGGUGAGUCAACUAUUACAGAUUAAAUUAGUUCCAGGGAAAUUAACAGUCAAUGAGACGAAUCCUAACGAUAUUAAAUUCAAGCAGUUUGCAUAUUGCACUAUUCCUGAUGUUAGACUGGAAGUUCACUUACAAAGACUGAUACACCAUAAUUUGAAGGUAGGUUUAGUAGAACAAACAGAAACGUCAGCUGUUAAGAAAAAUAGCGGCAAGUCUAAUUCUGUCUUUUCAAGAGAAGUGACAAGCGUGUUUACAAGAGCAACAUACGGUAUCAAUGAAAUUUUUGGUUCCAAAGAACGUCAUGUGAUUGGUGAUUCUACGUCAAUUUGGGGGCUAGUUUGUGAUGUCCAAACUAUACAAACAAAUUAUUACCUUAUUAGCGUUAAUUUGAAUAGCGGAGAAGUUUUCUAUGAUGAGUUUAAAGAUGAAAAAUAUGUAAAUGAGUCACUGGAAACACGGAUAACGUAUCUGAAUCCUAGUGAAGUUGUUACGCAGGAACCAUUGAAUCCGAUCAUUACUAAAGUGUUUUCUAACAUCAAUCCCGAUGUCAGAUUUAUAGUCGAAGAUACGACUGAUGCAGAUAAAGAAACGCUGGGAAAAGUGGAAUUUGAAUUUGAUACCAAAGGAAAGAUCUAUGUUGCUGCUACCCUUGUGCACAAGUAUUUAUCCACCUUUAAUAAUCAGGAAUUGCUCCAGUUUAAGGGAAACUAUAAAACCUUCAGUUCAAAAACACAAAUGACAUUAUCGUCCAAUGCAUUUGAGAGUUUAGAUAUAUUUAUUAACAAUACCUCUAAGGAUUCUAAAGGAUCUCUAUUAUGGCUUUUGGAUCAUACGAGAACGCCUUUUGGAUUCAGGCUGUUGAAAAACUGGAUAUCCAAGCCACUGAUUGAUGUAGCUGAAAUUAACAAAAGGUUAGACGCAGUGGAGUGCAUAUCUAGUGAGAUCGACAAAAUUUUUAUUGAAUCCCUUAAUAAUGUACUUCGAGAUUGUCAGGAUUUGGAACGAAUUUUAAACAGAGUUGCAUAUGGACGUACAUCAAAGCGUGAAGUCUAUUUAUUCUUAAGGCAGUUGGCUCAGUUUGCUUCACUCUUCAAAUCUCACCACAGGUAUAUUGAAGAUCAUAUAUUAUCGGAAAACGGAAGGAUAUUCGUUGGUUCUAAAUUACUUAGUUCCAUAUUCGCCGAGUUACAUAAUUAUUUGAUGACCUUUCCAAUACCUAAACUUUUAUCGAUGAUCAAUGUUGAGGCAGCGUUGGAUAAGAAGCAGGAAAGGGGAGCGUCUGAAUACUUUAACUUGAACAAUUAUGAUAACGCCGAAGCUCUAUUAUCAAAAUUGCGUGAUAUUGAUGCUGUUGUGGAAGAGCUGCACGAAGAGUUGAAGAAUAUUCGUGUGGUACUAAAACGGCCUAUGAUGAACUACCAGAAUGAAACUGAUUUUCUGAUUGAGGUUAGAAACACUCAGAUAAAAUCAGUACCAAGUGAUUGGGUUAAAGUAAAUAGUACCAAGAUGGUCAGUAGAUUUCGAACACCUGUAACAACUAAGCUUAGUGCAAAGCUGCAAUACCAUAAGGAACUAUUAGAGAAUAUAGCAGAGGCUGAAUAUGCAGCAUUUUUGAAAAGAAUCACCAAUGAGUACGUCGGCCUGAAAUCUGCAAUUAACAAACUUGCAACGUAUGACUGUAUCCUUUCUUUGGCUGCAACUUCUGUUAAUGUUGACUAUGUGAGGCCCAAAUUUUCUAAUCAGUCACAAUAUAUCAAAGUUAAGAAGGCCCGUAACCCAAUUAUUGAAUCUCUGAACGUCAACUACAUCCCCAAUGAUGUAUCAAUGAGUCAAGAUGGGCAUAAAAUUAUGGUUAUAACGGGGCCAAACAUGGGCGGCAAAUCUUCAUAUGUGCGCCAAGUAGCUCUAUUGGUAAUUAUCGCUCAAAUAGGCUGCUUUGUUCCUGCAGAGUAUGCAGAAUUUUCAAUAUUCGACAGGAUAUUUACCCGAAUUGGCGCUCAUGAUAACUUAUUGCGCGGGGAUUCUACGUUUAAGGUAGAGAUGACGGAAGUAUUACAUAUUUUGAAAUCUUCUACCCCAAGAUCAUUGCUGUUAUUGGAUGAGGUUGGUCGUGGCACUGGUACGCAUGAUGGGAUAAGUAUAUCAUAUGCAAUAUUAACUUAUUUUAUCGAGCUAAGAGAAAAUUGCCCAUUGGUGUUAUUUAUCACACAUUAUACAGCACUUGGAAACAUUAAAUCUGAAAUUUUAAGCAAUUAUCAUAUGUCCUUCAUUGAGGAACACAGACCUGGAGAAAACUGGCCAAGUGUCACGUUUUUAUAUAAACUACAGAAGGGCCAGGCUCAUAAUUCAUACGGGCUAAAUGUGGCAAAACUUGCAAAUGUCCCAACAAGUAUCAUAAAUAGAGCAUACCAAAUUUCUGAGAAAAUGAAGAAAGAAAUUGAGUUGAACAACGAAGCAAUUUUACUAAGUUCUGUUAAACGACUUCUACGGACUUCACCAAUAAAAGCUCCAAAGCUAACUUUGGAACUUGUCACUAAGUUUGUCUAA